AUGCCAAAAGACAACGAUCAAAAAUCUGAAUUUUGUCAAAAUUUUGCUUGUGAAUUACAAACAUGUCUUGAUAAACAUACAUAUAAUCCAGAUAAAUGUGAAAAAGUUUUAAAUAAAUUAAAGCAAUGUUGCCUGGAUCAUGGUGCUCAAAGUCCUGUAAUUUGUUCUGGUUUUCCUACUUCGAAAUCUUCUUCAUCAAAAUAA